AUGAGCACUGCACAAAGAUUUGUUCUUUUCCUCGGCGUAGCUUUGUUCUUGCUUGAGGCUGAAGCUACAUCUCGAUCUCGUCGUGCCCUUGGGGAUGCUGAUGCCGACGAAGUAAUUAGCGCUGGUCCAAGUACAGUUUUCAAUGUUAAUUCCUUUGGUGCUACAGCAGAUGGUAGCACUAAUAAUGCAAAGGCAUUUAUGAAGGCGUGGAUUGCGGCAUGUAAAUCUGGUGGUGGUCCGAGUACGCUUGUUUUUCCCAAAGGAACAUAUGUGUCGGGGCCAGUCAUAUUUGCAGGGCCAUGCAAGGGUACAAUAACUGUUCAAGUGCAAGGAACAAUUAAAGCGACAACAGAUCUUAGUGAUUAUGAUACACAAGACUGGUUUCUCUUCGAAUCAAUUGAUGGUUUGAUACUUACUGGUGGAGGUACUUUCGAUGGCCAAGGCCAGGCGGUGUGGAAGUACAAUGACUGUCAUCAAAACCCCAACUGUCAGCUUCUUCCUACUUCAAUUAGCUUUUUCAAAGUGAAGAAUGCCCAAAUUCAUGGGAUCACUUCCCUAAACAGCAAAUCGUUCCACACACAUGUAUCAGGCUGCGAAAACAUGCAGGUCCACGAUUUGACUGUAAUUGCUCCGGGAAAUAGCCCCAACACGGAUGGCAUGCAUGUCAGCAGGUCCAAUCUUGUCAAUAUAUCCAGCAGCACAAUUGGAACCGGUGACGAUUGCAUUUCCAUUGGACAAGGAACAACCCAUCUCUCCGUCACUGACGUCCACUGUGGUCCAGGACAUGGCUUCAGUGUUGGCAGCCUUGGCAAGUAUCCGAAUGAGCUGGAUGUGAGCGGGAUUGUUGUGUCUCACUCCUCCCUGAAAGGCACCACGAACGGUGUGAGGAUCAAAAGCUGGCCCGGCUCAUCUCCAAGCCGAGCUUCUGGCAUCAUUUUUGAUGAUAUUACUAUGGACGCUGUUAAAAAUCCCAUUAUUAUUGAUCAGAAAUAUGGUUCGCAGUCAAUUACUGCGCCAUCCAGAGUGCAGAUUAGCGACGUUCAUUACAAGAACAUCAGGGGCACGACAAUCUCGAAUGUAGCAGUGUCUUUCAUAUGCAGCUCAGCGGUGCCUUGCCAGGGCAUUGAGAUGGUGGACAUUAAUUUGCAAUACAAAGGGGAAGGUGCGAAAGUAACAACCGUUUCAGCCUCAUGCGAAAAUGCAAAGAUUAAGUACGGGGGCAAACAGAGUCCACCACCUUGUGUUCAAUAA